AUGUCGCUGGACGCGCUGCGGGUGGCCAACCGCGCCAUGGAGGCCUACCUGAUGCGCCUGGUGCAGCAGCGCGACAAGCUGAAGUCUGUCGCCAGGCUCGCGGAGGAGUGCGACUCCUACUUGGUGCUCGGCCUGGACGGCCCGAACGCCACCGCGGAGGAGGUCAAGAAGGCGUACCGGGAGCUCGCUAGGAGAGAGCACCCGGACAAGGCGGGCGUCGGUAACAAGGAGCGCUUCCAGGAGAUACAGCAGGCCUACUCCGCCGUGCUGCGCCACCGGCGGGGGCCCGCCGCGCCCGCGGACCCGCCUGGCGCGCCCGCGCGCCCGGAGCCUCGGCCGCUCGGUACCGCCGCCGGCGGUGAGCCGCCGACGGGGCACCCCGUCGGCCAGGCGGCGCGGGACGCCGCCGAGCAGGCGCAGGUUGCGCAGGAGGCCGCGGCGGCCGCAGGCGCCAUGGCGCGCGAGGCGUUCGUGCUGAACGCUCGCGCGGCCGAGGCGCGGACGUCCCAGAAGAAGUCGGCCGUCCGGGAGCUGCCAGGCAUCGCCUUCCUCGCCGCGCCCCUGCUGGGCACGUGCGUCGCGAGCCUCCGGGCCAUCUCGUCUGCCCUGGCCUGCGUCUCCAAGGGCGCGGAGGCCGCCGUGAACGACUACGGAGAGUGGGUCGAGUACGCGAUGGCCGGGGCGGGCCUGCGCGAGCGGGCAGAGGUUCUGGGCGAGACCGGCCAGGCAUGUUUGAGUUCGGCAGAGCAGAUCGAGAAGAUGAACGAGUCCGACGUUGCUCUUUUCCGGAAGUUCGACCCGAGCAGGGAGGAGCGGGGCGAGCCCGCGGUCCACGACCUGCGGCUCCUGAGCGAGACGCUGGCGCGCAUCGCCAGGGUCUGCCGGUGUGCCGCCGAGGAGGCCGUCGCGGCCGCCUGCAGCGCGCUCGCCAUCAGCUGCAGCCUGGUCGUGCUUGACCGAAAGUUCAGCGAGGAGAAGUCGCAGGACUGA